CCUCACCCCUCCCACCCUGUGGUCACAUGGGGGCACGGAUUAGAGCCUAAUCUGCCCAGUGCUCAGCACUGCAGUCUGGCUGUGGGGUGGGCUUGUGGACUGAGCUAGCCUGGGACCUGGGAGAAGGGCCUGGAGAGGGGUGCCCACAGCCUCCCCCCAUGAGCUUGGGGCUGGGGGCGUCAUUGGAGGCCCAGCUGGCACUGGAGACCGUUAUCCAGACACUGGGGAGCAGCGUCCUGGGGCCGGGUCAGGAGACCGGCCUGAGUGUGCAGGACCCGGCCCAGGACUGUCAGCCCGCCCACCUGCCUGCUCUCCUCAGGGAAAUCGUCACCCGAAACUUCUCCAAGCCUGAGAGCCCAGCCCUGCUGUCGGCCACAGAGAUGGCAUCAAUGCUGUCGCUGCAGGAGGAGAACCAGCUGCUGCAGCAGGAGUUGUCCCGCGUGGAGGACCUGCUGGCCCAGAGCCGUGCCGAGCGUGAUGAGCUGGCCAUCAAGUACAACGCGGUCAGCGAGAGGCUGGAGCAGGCUGUGCGUCUGGAGCCUGGGGAGCUGGAAACACAGGAGCCCAGGGGGCUGGUACGGCAGAGCGUGGAGCUGCGGAGGCAGCUGCAGGAGGAGCAGGCCUCCUACCGGCGAAAGCUGCAGGCCUACCAGGAGGGCCAGCAGCGGCAAGCCCAGCUCGUGCAACGGCUGCAGGCCAAGAUUCUCCAGUACAAGAAGAAGGGCUCAGAGCUGGAGCAGCAGCUGUUGGAGAGAUCCACAGAGCUGGAGCAGCAGCGGCUGAGGGACACAGAGCACAGCAGAGACCUGGAGAGCGCCCUCAUCCGCCUGGAGGAGGAGCAGCAGAGGAGCAGCAGCCUGGCCCAGGUGAACGCUAUGCUCCGAGAGCAGCUGGACCAGGCGAGCUCAGCCAAUCAGGCUCUGAGAGAGGACAUACGCAAGGUGACCAGUGACUGGUCACGCAGCCGCAAGGAGCUGGAGCAGCGGGAGGUGGCGUGGAGGCGUGAGGAGGAGUCCUUCAACGCCUACUUCAGCAGCGAGCACAGCCGCCUGCUCCUCCUCUGGAGGCAGGUUGUGGGGAUCCGGCGGCUGGUCAACGAGGUGAAGAUGUCUACCGAGAGGGAUCUGCUGCAGCUGGGAGGGGAGCUGGCCCGGACCUCACGAGCCGUCCAGGAAGCGGGCCUGGGGCUGAGCGCGGGCCUGCAGCUGGCCGAGAGCCGGGCCGAGGCAGCCCUGGAGAAGCAGGCGCUGUUGCAGGCCCAGCUGGAGGAGCAGCUGCGGGGCAAGGUGCUGCAGGAGGAGGGCCUGGCCCAGCUGCAGAUGCAAAGCAACCUGGACAAGGCCGACCUCAAUGCCAGAGUGACAGAGCUGGCCCUGACAGUGGAGCGCCUUCAGAACCAGAACCUGGAGAAGGACCAGGUCAACAAGGCCCUCACUGAGAAGCUUGAGGCCCUGGAAGCCCUGCAGCUCCAGGAGCAGCCCGCCCUGGACACAGAGGAGGGCGAGGGGCUGCAGCAGACCUUGAGGGACCUGGCACAGGCCGUUCUGUCUGACAUGGAGAGCGGUGUCCAGCUAAGUGGCUCCGAGCACACCGCUGAUGCGUCAGACGGCAGUCUGCGGGGGCUCUCGGGCCCCCGGACCCCAUCCCCGUCGAGGCGCUCCUCGCCCGGCCGCGGUCGCUCCCCGCGCCGAGGCCCAUCCCCAGCCUGUUCCGACUCCUCCGUGCUCGCCCUGAUCCACUCCGCCCUGCACAAACGCCAGCUACAGGUCCAGGACAUGCGUGGGCGCUACGAGGCCAGCCAGGACCUCCUGGGCACACUGCGGAAGCAGCUUAGUGACAGCGAGGGUGAGCGCCGUGCCCUGGAGGACCAGCUGCAGCGUCUGCGGGACAAGACCGAUGGGGCCACCCAGGCCCAGGAGGAAGCCCAGCGCGAGGCCCAGCGUCUGCGGAGUGCCAUCGACCUCCUGAACAGGGAGAAGGACAGCCUGGCCCAUAGCCUGCAGGCGGCCCAGCAGCAGGCUGAGGAGCUGCGGCAGGAGCGGGAGAAGCUGCAGGUGACACAGGAGGAGCUGCGGCGCCAGCGGGACCAGCUGGAGGAAGAGAAGGAGGACACUGAGCAGGAUUGUGCGCGGGCACGCAGGGAGCUCGAGCGGAGCAUCAGACAACUGGAGCAGCUGGAGGUGAAGCGCUCGGGGCUGGCGAAGGAGCUGGUGGAGGUGAGGGAGGCGCUGAGCUGUGCCACGCUGCAGCGGGACAUGUUGCAGGCUGAGAAGGCCGAGGUGGCCGAGGCGCUGACCAAGGCUGAGGCUGGCCGCACGGACCUCGAGCUCGCGAUGACCAAGCUGAGGGCGGAGGAGGCCUCUUUGCGGGACGCCUUGUCCAAGCUGAGUGCCCUCAACGAGAGCCUCGCGCAGGACAAGCGGGGCCUGAACCACCUCGUCGCCCAGCUGGAGGAGGAAAAGGCAGCGCUGCUGGACCAGCAGCGGCGAGUGGAGCAGGAGGCCACCCUGGCGAGGGAGGAGCAGGAGCGGCUGGAGCAGCUGCGGCUGGAGCAGGAGGUGGAUCGACAGGGCCUGGAGGGCUCCUUGCGGGUGGCAGAGCAGGCCCGGGAGGCCCUGGAGCACCAGGUCCCCGCACUGCGCCAGGAGCGCUGCCGGCUGCAGGAGCAGCUGGCCCAGCUCUCCCGACAGCUGAGCGGGCGGGAGCAUGAGCUGGAGCAGGCACGGCGGGAGACACAACGGCAGGUAGAGGCGCUGGAGCGGGCUACCCGGGAGAAGGAGGCGCUGGCCAAGGAGCGGGCCGGUCUGGCUGUGCAGCUGGCGGCAGCUGAGCGUGAAGGCCGGACCCUAUUGGAGGAAGCCACACGCCUGCGCUUGGAGAAGGAAGCCCUGGAGAGCAGCCUGUUCGAGGUGCAGCGGCAGCUGGCCCAGCUCGAGGCCCGUCGGGAGCAGCUGGAAGCUGAUGGGCAGGCCCUGCUUCUGGCCAAGGAGGCCCUGACUGGAGAACUGGCAGGCCUCCGGCAGCAGAUGACAAUGGCAGAGGAGAAGGCGGCCCUGGACAAGGAGCUGACGGCCCAGAAGCUGGCGCAGGCUGAGCGGGAGGCCCAGGCCUCCCUGCGGGAGCAGCGGGCAGCCCACGAGGAGGACGUGCAGCGACUCCAGCGAGAGAAGGAGGCAGCAUGGCGGGAGCUGGAGGCAGAACGGGCCCAACUGCAGAGUCAGCUGCAGCGGGAGCGGGAGGAGCUGCUGGCCCGGCUGGAGGCCGAGAAGGAGGAGCUGAGCGAGGAGAUCGCUGCCCUGCAGCAGGAGCGGGACGAGGGCCUCCUCCUGGCUGAGAGUGAGAAGCAGCAGGCCCUGUCGCUAAAGGAGUCUGAAAAGACGGCGCUGACGGAGAAACUGGUGGGUACACAGCACAGCCUGACCGCCAUCUCCCUGGAGAUGGAGCGACAGAAGCGAGAUGCUCAGAGCCGGCAGGAGCAGGACCGGGGCACCAUGAACACCCUGACAUCCGAGCUGCGGGACCUGCGGGCCCAGCUUGAGGAGGCUGCCGCGGCCCAUGCUCAGGAGGCGAAGAGGCUGCAGGAGCAGGCCCGAGACCUGGGCCGGCAGCGGGACUCCUGCGUGCGCGAGGCAGAGGAGCUUCGGACUCAGCUACGCCUGCUGGAGGAUGCCCGUGAUGGGCUGCGGCGGGAGCUGCUGGAGGCCCAGCGCAAGGUCCGGGAGAGCCAGGAUGGCCGCGAGGCCCAGAGGCAGGAGGCGGCCGAGCUGCGGCGCAGCCUGGGUGAGGGUGCCAAGGAGCGUGAGGCCCUGCGGCGGUCCAACGAGGAGCUGCGGGCUGCCGUGAAGAAGGCCGAGAGCGAGCGGAUCAGCCUGAAGCUGGCCAAUGACGACAAGGAGCAGAAACUGGCGCUCCUCGAAGAGGCUCGGGUGGCCAUGGGCAAGGAGGCCGGCGACCUGCGGGCCGGGCUGCAGGAGGUGGAGCGCUCUCGGCUGGAGGCCCGGAGGGAGCUGCAGGAGCUCCGGCGGCAGAUGAAGAUGCUGGACAGUGAGAACGCCAGGCUGGGCAGGGAGCUGGUGGAGCUGCAGGGCCGCCUGGCACUUGGCGAGCGGGCAGAAAAGGAGGGACGAAGGGAAGCCCUGGGCCUCCGACAGAAGCUGCUGAAGGGCGAGGCCGGCUUGGAGGCCUUGCGACAGGAGCUCCAGGGAGCCCAGCGGAAGCUGCAGGAGCAAGAAGGCGAGUUCCGAGCCCGCGAGCGAGGCCUGGUAGGCAGCCUGGAGGAGGCGCGCAGCGCGGAGAAGCAGCAGCUGGACCACGCGCGCAGCCUGGAGCUGAAGCUGGAGGCGGCUCGGGCCGAGGCUGCGGAGCUGGGCCAUCCAGGCGUCAUGGUCUGGGUGGGAGCAGGCAUUGGAGCCCCACGAGGGUGGGAUGAAUUCACGCCAACACAGUCCCAGGGAGAGAAGGAAACAGCAUGUACGAAGGCCCUAGUGCUGGAAGAGGGAAUAUUCUGGAACAUGGAGCUGAGGGUGAUGGGGAGUGGCCAGCUUGUAAAGGGGGACCCGGUUUGUGCUACGGGCUCACGUAGGCUGCUGGGCAUACCAGGGUUGGGGGAAAUGUGUCGGGAGCCUGCAGGCACCAUCCCGGCAGGAGAGGCCAUGGCUCCUGCACCCCUGAGCAGGUCUCCUCCUCCAGGAAGUGGGGACGGGCCCAGCAGCCCCAGCCCCUUGGAACGUAGCCCUGGAUCUGAGCCACCGUCCCCAGGACCUGCUACCUCCCCGACAUCUCCAGACCUGGACCCAGAGGCCGUGCGGGGGGCCCUCCGGGAUUUCCUGCAGGAGCUGCGGAGCACCCAGCGAGAACGGGAUGAGUUUCGGGCCCAGACCAGUGCCCUGAGUCGCCAGCUGGUGGAGAUGGAGGCCGAGAGGGACAGCGCAACCUCGAGGGCAAGGCAGCUGCAAAAGGCUGUGGCCCAGAGUGAGGAAGCUCGGCGCAGCGUGGACGGGCGCCGGGCUGCCCUCGACCAGGUGGCCGCCCUGGAGAGGAGCCUGCAGGCCACUGAGAGUGAGCUCCGGGCCAGCCAGGAGAAGAUCAGCAAGAUGAAGGCCAAUGAGGGGAAGCUGGAGAGUGACAAGCGGCGCCUGAAGGAGGUGCUGGACGCCUCCGAGAGCCGCACCAUCAAGCUCGAGCUGCAGCGGCGCUCGCUCGAGGGGGAACUGCAGCGCAGCCGCCUGGGCCUGAGCGACCGGGAGGCCCAGGCCCAGGCCCUCCAGGAGCGGGUGGACUCCCUGCAGAGACAGGUGGCAGACAGCGAGGUGAAGGCAGGGACUCUGCAGCUGACAGUGGAGCGGCUGAACGGGGCCCUGGCCAAGGUGGAGGAGAGCGAGGGGGCCCUGCGUGACAAGGUGAAGGGCCUGUCGGAGGCCCUGGCCCAGAGCAGCGCCAGCCUCAGCAGCACCCAGGACAAGAAUCUGCAACUGCAGAAGGGCCUGACGGCCUGCGAACAUGACCGCCAAGUGCUCCAGGAACGGCUGGAGGCUGCUCGACAGGCGCUGUCCGAGGCCCGGAAGCAAAGUGGCGGCCUAGCUGAGCAGGUGCAGACGAUGCGGGGCGAGAUGGCGGACCUGGAGCUGCAGCGGGAGGAGGCUGAGGGCCAGUUACAACAGCUGCGGGAGGUGCUGCGGCAGCGGCAGGAGGCUGAGGCUGUGGCCCUGCACACGGUCCAGAAGCUGCAGGACGAGCGGCGGCGGCUGCAGGAGCGCCUGGCCCUGCGGCUGGAGAAGGACCGGGUGGCCCUCAAGAAGACGCUGGACAAGGUAGAGCGGGAGAAGCUCCGCAGCCAGGAGGACACAGUGCGGCUGAGUGCGGAGAAGGGCCGCCUGGACCGCACACUCACGGGGGCCGAGCUGGAGUUGGCCGAGGCCCAGAGGCAGAUUCAGCUGCUGGAGGCCCAGGUGGUGGUGCUGGAGCAGGACCAGAGCCCAGUCGAGCUGGAGGCACUGGAGGCAGAGGACCAGCAACAGCUGGAGCUGCAGCAGGAGGUCGAGCGCCUGCGCAGUGCCCAGGUGCAGACAGAACGCACCCUGGAGGCGCGGGAGCGGGCCCACCGGCAGCGGGUGCGUGGGCUGGAGGAGCAGGUGUCCACACUGAAGGGGCAUUUGCAGCAGGAGCUUCGGAGGAGCUCAGCGUCCUUCUCCCCCGCCUCUGGGCCCCCAGAGAAAUGAGCCCGUUCCCGGCCGGUACCUGGGGCAGGAGAGGGCCUCCUCUCCAGCACAACCCACUCAAAGCCUGGGCCUGUCGGGGCAGCCAGAGCUCAGAUGGGGUGAGGAUGAGCCGAGGUGGCAUUUCUGGGAGGUGGGGGACUCCAGUGCAGCUCCGACCCAGCAGUGGCUUCUCGGCAUCCUCAGGGCCAUGUGCCGUCUGUGGGCCCCCUCAGUCCGGCCCCCUCCCCGGGUGAGCCACUCCACACUCUACAAGGUCCUCGCUGAGGGGCUGAGCCGAAGCCAGGGUCAGGGUGGCCGGCCCUGAAGCAGGCCCCGGGAGCGUGGGCUCAUGGGAAGCAGGAGGGAUACCCAGGCCUAGGGCAGGGGUCAGAGACCCAGGCCCUGCCCUGGCUUCCCAGGGGUCUCUCUGCCUUAGUGCAGAGUGUUUGUCAGGAAAUCCCUUGGAGUUCAGAGUCCCUGUAUUUUUGUACCUUUUUAUAAUGUUAACUGUUCAGAAUUGUUUGUGUUUUUUUACAAGACCUUAUUUUC